GAACUAGAUAAACCAUGGAAAGCGACCCAACCCAGGCCUCUCUUUUUAUUCCCAACGCCUUUCGCUGUCGGACAUUUUCCAAUCUGUGUCCUCCCUUGUCUUUUCACAUUAGCCCCUCUCAGUUUCAAGCUCAGAUUUCUCUACCCCAGAGUUUCUCUUUUUUAUUUUUCUCUUUUCCUGCUCUUGUUUUUUAUUAUUCAAUCCUUUCUGUCUUUAAAAUGGCAAUAGAGAUUUAACAAAGUCUCAGCUUCUUGAAUGAUUGUUAGCUAAAAUAUUGUAAUUGUUAUAUUUUCAAGGCGUUGAAGAGUUUCUUCCGCUUUGUAAGGGUUUAGUCUCUUUAGACUUUGAAGGGGUCGGCAAUAGGGGGUGUCCUUUGUGUUUUCUGGAGGCGUACGUCCCAAUGAAGAGAAUUUGACAAAGUCUCGCACGGUUCUUAAGAUGGAUUCAGUAAAACCAUCCGCCGUGACUCCUAGGAAGAGUAAAUUUGCACGCACUGUAGCCAAAGUUCUUCAUCUUCGAGCAGCAAGUGGGAUUGCUCCUGUUGACGGGGUUCAGAAAGUUGUGGCCCAAGAAAAGGUAAAGGAUGAGAAGCAUCGCCAUAAAAGCGCAGCUAGCCGGCCGCAAUCAUUUGACAUUAAUGAUAACGAUGAACAUGAAAAAAGCUUGGCCUUGGAAGUACUCGUUGCCAAACUGUUUGCUAGCUUAUCAUCUGUAAAAGCUGCAUAUGCUCAGUUACAGUAUGCUCAGUCUCCUUAUGAUGCUGAUGGGAUUCAAGGAGCUGACCAUUUGGUAGUCUCUGAGUUGAAGAAUCUGUCUGAUUUGAAGCAGUGCUACAUAAAAAAACAGUUUGAUCCUUCUCCUGAUACCUCUCUGGUUUUGGCUGACAUUCAGGAGCAGAAGAGUCUUUCAAAGAUCUAUGAGAUAAUGGGGAAGAAAUUGGAGUCUCAGUUGAGGCUCAAGGAGUCCGAGAUCACGUAUCUGAGAGAAAAAAUGGAAGAAUCUAAUAGACAAAACCGAUUACUUGAGAAGAGGUUAAAUCAAAGUGGACAUUUAUCUAUGCCUGGUAAUCUACGGCAAUCAGGCUUAAGUCCCAGCCAUUUCAUUACAGUUCUACGACACACAGACAAGUCCAUUCGAAGCUUUGUCAAAUUGAUGAUCGAUGAGAUGAAAUCUGCUGGUUGGGAUCUAGAUGCUGCCGCCAAAUCUAUUGUAUCCGAUGUGGCCUACUGGAGAGCAGAUGACAAAUGUUUUGCAUUUGAAAGCUUUGUUAGCAGAGAGAUGUUCGAUGGUUUCCAUUUGCCUAAUUUCUCUCUACAGGAAGAAUCUCUACCAGAGAAAAAGAAUCAGCAACAGUUGUUUUUCAGGAGAUUCACUGAACUGAAAUCCGCGAAAGCAACUGAAUACAUUGCCCACAAGCCCAAAUCAACAUUUGCAAAAUUUUGUCGUGCCAAGUAUUUGCAACUUAUUCACCCCCAGAUGGAAACGUCCUUUUUAGGCAAUCUGAGCCAAAGAAGCCUCGUGAAUUCAGGUGAAUUUCCUGACAAUAGUUUUUUUGCCACAUUUGUUGAAAUGGCUAGGCGGGUCUGGCUUCUACAUUGCCUGGCCUUUUCUUUCGACCCAGAAGCCUCAAUCUUUCAAGUCCGUAGAGGGUGUCGUUUCUCUGAAGUUUACAUGGAAUGUGUUGCCGAAGAUGCACUUCUUUCAGAAAAUGCACCGGAAGCUGAUCCACCAGUGGCAUUCACCGUAGUUCCUGGGUUUAGGAUUGGUAAAACUGUUAUACAGUGCCAGGUCUAUCUCUCUCAGCUCCAUACCAAGGUAAACCGUUGAUAAAAACUUAAGCAUGGACCUACAAACAUCGAAGAAUGAACUGGUGCAGGCCACUAUCAUGAUUCUUUUGAGUAAAAAUCUGAUGAUAAAAAUGGCUUUUCCUACUUGCUUCGUGUUUGUUGUGGGGUCCUUGGAAUUGGAUGCAUAGUAACUUGGGGCAGCUUGUCUGUCUUUCUCAUGGCCAUUUUGAAUGUAGAAAGCGCGUGGACCGUAGUUAGGGAAGAACCUUCGGAUCUUUUAUUUCAAUCCACGAAACAAUUUUGUUAAUAUUAGGCCAUUGACAGAAGGCUUGUAUAGCUGUGUUGCACCCUUUCCCUAUGUUCUGGAUGCUCUCAAUGUACAUGCUAAUAUUCAAGUAUAAUAUAAAUGUGGAUUUUCUUUUUCGCA